AUGGCUGCCGAAACAACACCUGAUCCGCCGCUGUAUGCUGAUUUGGAGGAGUGGGCGGAUGUCACGCCUGUCCCUCAGUAUGAGGGAGUGCAGCCACUUGCGCCGAUCUUCUACACACCUGAAUACAAGGACGCGACCGAUUACUUGCGCGGAGUAUUGGCCACCGGCGAACUAUCACCCCGCGUUCUUGCCUUGACGGAACGAGUGAUUAGGCUAAACCCGGCGCACUAUACCGCAUGGCAACUGCGCUACAAGACCUUGAUAGCCAUCGACGCAUCGCUACCGGAUGAGCUCGUACUCACCAAUGAGCUCUCAAUCAAACACCUCAAGACAUACCAAGUAUGGCACCACCGACGCCUCCUCUUAACGAAACUCAACGACCCAACGAAUGAGCUGCCGUUCGUCGCGAAGGUGCUCGAGACCGACCACAAGAACUACCACACUUGGAGUCACAGGCAAUGGGUUCUUGCGCAUUUCGAUCGGCCAGAACUAUGGGAGGGAGAGCUACCAUUUAUUGAGAAGAUGCUCGAGGAGGAUGUGAGGAAUAAUAGCGCGUGGCAUCAUCGGUUCUUCACUGUGUUCGAGCGCUCGGGAGCGGAUACAGGGGAUGAUGUGGUGCGGCGCGAGCUUUCCUUCACGAAGGAGAAGAUCGCGUUGGCGCCUAACAAUCCUUCGGCAUGGAACUACAUCCGCGGAAUCCUAGAUCACACAUCGACGCCAUAUGUUACAUUGAACGACUUCGUCCUGCCAUACAUCGCUGCUGCCGCGCCGGUCUCGUUCUCCCCUGCAGGCGACGAGACUCCCGUAGUGGACCUCGAGAACCCCUUACCAAGCAAAGGAUCGAGUCUGCCGGCGGUGCCUGCUCUAGACUUCAUUGCGGACGUGUAUGAGGCGGAGGGGGAGGUGCAGAAGGCGGUGACCGUUUGGAGGUCGCUUGCGGAUGAGCAUGAUACGAUUAGGAAGAAGUACUGGGAGUACAGGAUAAGGGAGGCGACGGCUGCUAGCGUCAGUGCUGCUGCUUGA